UUUUUUUUUCUUAGUGUAGUGAUUCUUAACAAUGAGAUUUACUUUACAAGAAUAUUGUGAUAUAAUUGUGUACAGAUUUGCAGAAAAAAGCGCACGUGCCGCAACAUGAAUUUACAAAAGAAAUUUCCUAGGCGUGCGCAACAUCACACGAGACGUCAAAUUUAUUAUGCAGCAGUUUUGAAAAACAAAGUAUCUCGUGCAUAAUCAUGGAAUUGUCAAUUAGGUGCAUUGUCGUAUUCAUGAUAAAAAACAAUUCUUUCAAUUUAUGAAGAUCCUGGAAUGCAUCGUUUGAUGCAUAAUUUAGGCGUACUAAAAAAUUGUACAUCACAUUUUACGCAUAAACAGAUUACAGCUCUAUUAUCAGCAUAUGUAAUUGCAAUUACUAAAAGACAAACUCGUAAAUUUUUGUAAAGAUAUUGUUAUCAACGUUGUAUAUUCACAAUAUUUUUAACGUAUAUUAAUUAGUAAAAUAUACACAAGAUUCCUUUUGUAACGUAUUAUCUACUGCAAGUAUUAAAGAAAAGACUGGUGUCGGAAUGGUAAAUGAAAAAGAAUUCUGGACGGAAAUUCGGAAAGACAUACCACGAUACAGGAAGAAAAAACCACGAGUCGUUCCUGCCUUCACUAUUCAGGCUCUGCAGGAAAAUACGAUCGUUGCAAAACCUCCACGAUGUGGAUUAUACAAACCUCGUCCACCGAAACCGUCAACGUUCAGAAAGUUCUACAAACGCCGUGUGUUUCCCAUCUCGUUGGAGAACGACGGCUACGACCAGAAAAUUAAUUGGAAAGUGGACAUAGAGGACUUGGACUUCCAUCAUUAUCUGCCGAUGUUCUUCGACGGUUUAACGGAAACGGAACAACCGUACAAGUUUCUAGUGGAGCAGGGAAUAUCGGAUAUGCUGGAGCACGGUGGGCCCAAGAUAUUACCCGUUGUGCCUCAACUAAUCAUUCCUAUUAAGAAUGCGUUGAAUACGAGGAUGCCCGAGAUAAUCUGCAGUACGAUGAAAGCACUUCAACGUUUAGUACGUUCGGCGGAUUGCGUUGGUGAAGCCCUAGUCCCGUAUUUUAGACAAAUUCUGCCCAUUCCUAAUUUACUGAAAGACAGAAACGGUAAGCGUGCACUUUUAAUUGCUUCCGCACUUCAGAAGAAAAUAAAAUUUGAAAUUUUAGUGAAUCUUGGAGAAGGUAUCGAUUAUUCUCAGCAAAGGGGAGAGAAUGCAGCGGACAUUAUACAAGAAACGCUCGAGAUAUUGGAAAGAUACGGUGGCGAGGAUGCUUUCAUAAAUAUCAAAUAUAUGGUUCCCACCUAUGAAUCUUGUAUGAUGAAUUAAUAGACGAAACAUAACACAACCAUUCAACUAACAGAUUUAUUUACUAUUUAGUUUUCGAUGAAAAUGAAAGUUAGAAAAUUAAAAUGUAUAAGAAAUUCAAUUUAACAUCA